AAUUUUGUUGCUACUGGUGGGUGGGGGUUUGAGUCUUUUAGAGUUUAGAGCAUUGCUUUAUAACUCGGAUCGAUUAAUCGAUUGAACUAAUAUGAAUGAUUUCAAAAUAAAUAAAUUUAUUGGAUAGUUCUUACACUCGAGAUUACAAUUUUAGAAAGAGAGCAAGCAAGAGAAGCUUCUUCAAAAUUCUUCAGAAGAAAACAGAGAAGAAUUGGAUUGAAAAUGACAAUGAAUUCAAUAUCCGCAACAAUAUUUUCUUCUCUUACAAUACCCAGUUCCUCAAAUCCGAAGUUGUCUUCUUUCUCUUGUUCUCUACCCUGUGAAGUUAGUACCUUUAAGCUUAGUACUGCCAUUCAGCCCUUACUUUCUUCUUCAACGAGGAUUUUCGCUGCUCCUGAAACCUUAGAUGGAACUGAAAUUUCGUCUCCUAAGGUUGAAGUUCCUGAGACACUCGAUACCUCGAUCAGCACAGAUGUAGACAAGAUCUCUCCAAAGCAAAAUAUCAGAAUCAAACUUAGGUCCUACUGGGUGCCCCUGAUCGAGGAUUCGUGCAAGAAGAUAAUGGAUGCUGCAAGGACUACCAAAGCAAAAACCAUGGGCCCUGUGCCGUUACCAACCAAGAAGCGAAUAUACUGUGUUCUCAAAUCCCCUCAUGUGCACAAGGAUGCUAGAUUUCAUUUUGAGAUCCGAACACACCAACGUCUUAUUGAUAUUUUAUACCCAACUGCCCAAACUAUUGAUUCUUUGAUGCAACUCGAGCUUCCUGCCGGAGUUGAUGUAGAGGUCAAGCUCUAAAGAAGCAGCGCUGCUGUAAAACUUCUUGCAUAUCUGUAAUUGUUUUAUGUAAAUUUCCAUUUCACAGUUGGCUAUCAGUUGUAGAUUUGCCUGUUGAACCAUGUAAUAGAAAGAGAUGCUUUUUCUUUCUCUUGCAUUCAUUGUAAUGCCAAACUCCAUUUUUUGGCAAAUUUCUUGACGUUUCUUCAUAAUAUCUAGAUCUCUAACUGGGAAUUCAUGCA